CACUUUCAUCUUUUCUGAUUAGUUGGUAGGAUCUCACUGCCUGCAGGUAGAUUCUGCCAGCUUCUCUCAUUACUUUUAUCUUAUUAAUCCAUGUCUGUUAUUUACUACUUUAUACUUACUACUGGCAUUUCUAUUAUUUCUGCUACUAUCAUUCUCUGUACCUGUCUUCUAUUAUUUAUUAAUUUUAUUUAUAUUUAUAUAUUCUUACUUGGAUUUUCUUUUUUACUUUUCUUACUACUCUUACUUAUUAUAUUACUAAUUGAUUUAUCUACUUUAAUAACUCUUUAAUUAUCUGUAUAUUUUUUAAUUUAUUUACUUCUGACUGACUUGCUGCACUUGGA